AUGGUGGACCUGACAGACUCAAGCGCCCCUCCCGGCAAAUCGACUCCCUCAUCGGAGACGGCCAAUGCGCCCGCUGCGGAGACUAGCCAGCCUCCAGUACAGUCUGCGGAAGAGACCUCGAGGGAGAAUGAGCUCCCAGCGGAAACCCAGCAGUCCCCCACGGUGACCGAGCAGCCGGUCACAAAUCAGCAGGCGACAGAUGGAGACAACUCAGUGCAACAGACUAGCGAGUCUACGCCGGUGACAGAUGGGGCCAUACCCGCUGGUGGCCCGUCCGGGGCGACGGCCGAGUCGAGUCUGCCCGCGUUUGAUACUUCGCUCCCGUCAGUGGGCUCAACGGCAGCAGAAGACCUGUCCCUUCCGGCCAUUGACACAAAUUUGCCGAGCCUGGACUCCUCUCUGCCGGCCAUUGGAACAGAUAUUCCGACGAUGGAUGGAUUUCACCAUGACGGACAGGCCAACCAGCAUGCGAACCCCGGGAACGACCAGUCCGGGCACUCCAAUGGUCCAGGCUCGUAUCAGCAACCAUCCAAUGGCGCAUAUCAGUAUUCGCAGAGCCCUACGACACCGCAAAAUGGGGGGCAGCAAGCAUCGCAGCAGCAUCAAUUCCAGCAACAACCUUACCACCAACAGAGCCCGGAUAUGUACCACAACCCCGGGGGCUUCACUCCCGCCAACGCAAACCAGGGCAAUGCGCCCUCAAGCAUGGCCCCGAUGGCCUCCAUGGGCCAGUACAUGGCUGGGUACCCGUCGGAUGCCGAUUCGCAGAUGCGGUACCAACUGCCCGAUGACCCGAGCAAGAUGAGCAGCCGACACAAGAAAGAAGUCAAACGACGGACCAAGACUGGGUGUUUAACGUGUCGAAAACGCCGAAUUAAGUGCGACGAAGGUCACCCUGUCUGCAGAAAUUGUGUCAAGAGCAAACGUGAAUGCUUAGGCUACGACCCCGUGUUUCGCCCUCAGGCAUCCACCCCGUCGGCCAUCCAGCCUGCUGCGCCUAAUCCCCCGCCGUCGCUGGUCGUCAACCCCCAAGGCCCUCCCUCGUCCUCCACACCCUCCUAUCCCUCUGCGCCUCCAGGGUACGUGCCUGCGACCUCGCAGCCAUACACACCCGCCCUCCAGUCCCAGUCGCCGAGCACCUCGGCCGACCCGUACGACCCUGGGACCACCAUCGACCCUUCACUGGGCGCAAACCAUCCAACCAACACCGCAGACAUGCAAAAUUCAAACAACCCACGGUCUCAGGGCGUGGAGCCUGUUUACAAAUCCAAAAACCUUCUCAUGACCGACCUGAUCGCUCUCCGAGGCAUUGCGCCUCCUGCUCCCCACCCCAUUGGCACCCUUCCACCCGGUCGUUUGGAGGAGAUUCAGGCCGUCUUCUUGGCCACAUACGCCCCAGCGAUCGACAAGUUUCUCGAAGUGAAGUGGUACUCCGAGAAAGCGCUCUCGACUCUGAUGGCAGACCAGCAACUCAUGGCGGACUAUUCGGCGUUGAUUGAUGCAUUUAAUGGGUGGGACCUCAACGAACACGAAACCAUCGCUCGCCUGGAGAGCUUUGAGGCCUCGGUCAUCUGGCGGAGCAUGAGUCUGUGCCGCCAAAUACCAGACGCAGUGAACGGGCAAUUCGGCACGGACUGGAAUCUGCUGGUGGCAUGUGCGCGCCUCAACGUGAUCGAAGCUCUCCUGACAUGGAACCACCUGGAUCCCAAUCCCUUGUCCCGGGACAUGUUCAGGGUUGCGGCCAGGCCGCCCAGCCCGCCAGACCAGUUCAUGCACCGCCAGCUGGAUUUCUGGGACGAGAUUGGCGAGUUCCUGACGCUGCACGACAACGAAGCCAGCUCGGCCAAGGAGAUCGAUGACACACUCUCCCGCUGCCGAGCCUUGCUGGACACGUACGAGAACCGCGAUAUCAUCUACUCGAUUGCCAUCGCGCGCCACCUGGGUCAACGCUGGGCGGACUUUCCAAACACCUUGCCCAAGGUCGGUUACACCAACGAAAAAGAAGCCGGCACGAAGCUUUACGUCGCGCAGAAGUUCCUGGAAGAUGAAGCCGAAGGAAAAGGCACCACCCAGAUCUACAAACGCGUCUGCUGCAUGGCCGUCCGCUCUUGGUGGUGUGCUCGCGAGUAA